CAAUUGGUCAUCCACGAUUUUGGUCACCCGGAAAAGAAUGAAAUCCUUUACUCAGCGAAAAGAGCUGAAAUUGAGAUCGAUGAACAAAAUGAAUAUCUGCUCAUACACCCCAAAGAUAAAACCGUCUUAUCGCUUUAUGAGGCAAAUAAUCGGAAAGAUUUAUUAAUAUCCAAAUAUAUUCAUUCGAAUCUUCCAAUUGAAAUGGAUCAGAAAACAGAUAUCAAAUUUCAGUUUUAUCACAAACCUGAAUUGCACAUUCUCAACGAGACAGUAAGAGAGGAUUUCGAUUACUUGCAAAAUCUCAAACCAGGCGAUCCACCGAUUGUUGUGAUUUUUAGUGAAGAAAAAUCAGCUCAGGUACCACUUCGUCAAAUUGAUAUGAAUGAUACGGCUGGAGAAGAUGAUAAACUAAAUGAGUAUAUUGAAAUGGGUAUGAUCCCAGCCACACCACAAAGUAUGGUUCUACAUGUUCACGGUGGACCACAUUAUCGUGAUAAAUUCGGUUUUUCAAGCACACUUGCCUGGUUAACCAACAGAGGAUACGCUGUUUUACAGGUGAACUAUCGUGGAAGUACGGGUUUCGGUAAGGAGUAUACGAAUGCUGGCAAUGGUGAAUGGGGACGUAAAAUGCACAACGAUCUUAUUGACGCGGUCAAUUUUGCUGUAAAAUACGCCAUUGCAGACCCGUUCAAAAUUGCCAUUAUGGGUGGUUCAUAUGGUGGCUAUGCAGCACUGGUAGGGAUGACAUUCACACCGGAUGUGUUUGCCUGCGGUGUUGAUAGUUGUGGUCCAAGUAAUCUGAUAACAUUUCUUGGAACAAUUCCACCGUAUUGGAUGGGUGGCUACAAGGAACUUGUAACAUGGCUUGGCGCUGAUAAGGUCACUCCUGAAGGUAGAGCUUUUCUACGAAGUCGCUCUCCAUUGUUCUUCGCUGAUCGCAUCAAGAAACCACUCAUCAUUCUGCAAGGAGCAAACGAUCCACGAGUUAAACAAAACGAAUCUGGUACGUUGGUAUUUGAAAAAUCUGACAUUCGGAUCUCAAAAAAAUUUUUUUUUCCGAAGAAUAGACGAUGA